AUGCCGCCGUUGUGCGCGGGUGGUCGGAGCUACGACGACGCCAUGGCAUACGGCGUGGGGACCUACGCACGGAGGCAGAGGCGAAGACGAAGACAGAGACUCGAGAGGCCUCGCAGCGGCGACGAAUCAAAGAUGUCGUAUUCGAGGUACAGGAGUCGUUCAAGGAGUGUGGACUCGAGUGAUGUUGAGAACCCUGGGAACAAUCUCUUUGUGACUGGUUUAUCAUCUCGUCUAACUGAUCGAGAUCUGGAGAAGCAUUUCUCUACAGAGGGAGAGGUGAUUGAUGCAAGUAUUGUACUUGAUCCAUGGACAAGGGAAUCACGGGGAUUUGGAUUUGUUACCAUGGCCAAUCUUAAGGAGGCAGAACGCUGCAUCAAAUAUCUCGACAGUUCAGUGCUGGAAGGUCGUGUCAUUACUGUUGAGAAGAUUUUGUUGACAGCAGCAGGUUGAUGCCCGCAGCUGUAUGGCAUCAAAUUCAAAAGAUACACAA